AUGUCCUCGUUCACACACUCAUACUCACACUUGGGGUCUUCCUCUUCAUACCAUCAACAACAAGCUUCUCCAGCCAGACACUCGCGUCGCUUUCGUUCGUUUUCAUCGUCUUCCAAACCUCAGAUAUUCAAGCCAGAUCACCCAUGUAGCCUUGUCGAGUUUCUUGGCGGAGUGAAUUAUGAUCGGACUAAAGACGAUAUCAAAGUAUAUGAUCAGGCAGUAAAGUUCUUUCGUGACAUAUUAAAUAAAAUAGAAAUCGAUUGUCGGUGGCACCAUUUUAAAUUCAUGGUGUUCGAAGAGGACAAUAGCUUCUAUGUGAAGGUUUCCAGAGUCAGAAAUCGACCACCCCCAGCAAAAGUUGCCAAUUGCUUGUCAUGCGAUAGUCACUCGGAAACAAACCGUGCGUCUUCUCUUCCAUAUCCAUCAUCAACUCUUGCAUAUGAGAAGCUUCAUCGGCUAUGGUUUGAUGCUAAAGCUCGACCGAUGUUCAUUGUUACCCCCGAACGUCAUAUAGAGCGAUUGUCUGAUUGUACAGACGAAGAGAUAUUUGCAAUGUUCCAUUUGACAUGUCAGUUAUUGGAUGGAGAAGCAAAGUCGACUAAUGCGCCAUGGGAAAGUGGCAUGUUCGAGAGAAUGACGUUGAAUCAUGGGAAUGCGAGAAAUUUGGAGCAUUUACAUUUGAAAGUUUGGAUAGACGAAGGCAAAUUCGAGUGGAUGAGAAGUAGAUGGGAAAAGGAAAAAAGGGAAAAGUUCGAGUUGCUCGAAUCUGGAUUGUAUCGGAGGGAUACGAGGUUGAAGAAGCUUGGUUGGCGAAAAAAGCAUAACGAGAGAGAGCGAGAGCGAGACGUUGUUUAG